AUGCCAAAGGUCAGAGUUUUCUUCGUCGACUGCCACCCGAAACGCCCAUGGAGAGAUCGUGAGCUGGACGAUGCUGAGCGCAGGGCUCAUGCUGCCCGAGAGACACACAGGAAAAGGGAUGUUGAGAGGCACAGACUUCAGUCGCGCCAUGUCACUUCUCCAACCAGUCAGACGAUCCUACAUGGGGCAGAUCCUUUCGACACAACAUCUGUCAAAAUCGACAAUACUGUAGCCGGCUUGCUCCACUACUAUGUCUACUUUUACCAUCCCACGCUGUGGCCCAACGAAAUGGCGGUCCUUCGGCAGGGUCUCUACACGUUCCAAAACGCAGUCAACUCCAUUAUGCGAACGGUCGUCGAAGACAGGCUCACCAUGUACUGUCUUCUAAGCGCGGCGGCUUGUCGACUGCAGUUCGUCGAUCGGCUUCCCUGCACGCUGGUGGCAGGAAAGGAUGGCCACUACAUGCGCAACGCCCUCCAGUUACUGCGCUCUCGGAUUGACACCCACUGUCUGCAGACCUCCGAACAGCUGAGACAGCUACUGAUCUGCAUCAUGUUUUUGACGUCAGCCGAGUGCUACCGCGACGACGUGUCGGCAGCCCAAACACAUCUGCGGGCCGCUGUCGGCCUCUUGGAACGGAAUGGCGGGCUCGUGUCCAUCCAGGACGAGAACUUGCGCGGCCAGCUCGCCAUGAGCGAUCUAUAUCUCGCCUGCGUCGAGCUCAAACCUUGUCUGUUUACUUGUGACUACGACCCAGGCCCAGCCAGCGUUCUUGCACUGAAGGCUCACGAAUUGUCCUCUGCCCAGUGCGAGACUGUCGCCGCUUCACUGCUAGACAGAGGCAUGCGGAUAGUGCCUUUGGAGCUGAGACUAGUGAUCGAACAGUUGUAUGAGUCGUACAGCGUCAAGAGUCGCCUCCAGACUUCCGCCAUGUCAGCGUCACGAGCUAUGGAGGUCACUCACUGGAUCACCACACGAAACAUGGCGAUCAGGAACAGGCUGCUGGCACUCACCACCCAUGAUCCUCGAGCCCACGCUCUAAGGACAGCAAUCAUCAUGUGGACCUUGCUCGCGAUGAACGUGACGGGGCGUGCAAAAACCGUCAAAGUCAUGGCGCCACUGCUGAGGAGCAUCCUCAUGCAAAUCCCAACGCCGCUUGGCUGGGCUGGCGAAGAAGACAUCAGAGCGUGGAUUCUGAUCGUCGGCUUCUCGUGCGCCGGCGAUGGAAGCGACGUGGCCGAGUGGUUCGCAGAGCAGGUGUCUGGCUGUGCCAGCAGCCGGUCACUUAACUACUUGAAGGACCCAUUGCAGUGUCGUCAGGACGCCGACCGCGUUCUGGCCGAGAGACUCGAAACGUUCCAGCGACGAGGCUUCUUCUUUGACGCGCCUGUGCAGAGGUCGCGAACCCGGCGACUCGCCCACGCGAUCAGCACUAGCUUCUGGGCCAGGCUGGCCUGGAGGAGAUGA